AUGUAUACUCUAUCACGACCUAAGUACCCUAAGGUUGAAUGGAAAGCAUUGACACUGGGAAAUGGUAUUCCUAGGCACAACUUUAUCCUGUGGUUAGCCUUAAACCACGGACUCACUACUGUGGAUCGACUUGCAAAAUGGGGGAUUCAAGUUGAUCAAGAUUGUGUAUUAUGUAAGAGAAGACAGACUGAAAAUAUGGAACACAUAUACUUUGAAUGUCAAUAUACAAAGUAUAUUUGGAGCAAGCUGCUGGUUUGGAUGGGAGAAAAUCACCAGAUAGGCACAUGGCUUGAAGAUGUUACCUGGAUGAGUAAAAGAGCAAGAAGUGGUCGAGCCCAAAACAACAUGCUGGUCUUCUUGUUUGCAGCAGUAAUGUAUCAAGUAUGGACAGAAAGGAAUAUGAGAAGAUUUCAAGGGAAGGAGAAGGAAGCAGAGCGAAAGGUUAGAGACAUUGUCCUCCAAGUUCAUAUAAAAGGACAGCAAAAUGCGAAGUGGAAGAAGAGACUUGAGCAGCUGAAUAGUUUCCCAUAG